AUGUCGGAAAACGUUAAUAUCGACUUGUCAGGGGAGAUGAAUACUACCACCGACAAGAAAGGUUUCCAAAAGUAUGUGAGUGAAGUGGAAUUAUUGCUGCAGCAUGUCCGCAAUGGUGCUGCACCUGCACUGGUACUGGGAGUGUUGUCCAACAGACGACCAUGGACUCAGUUUGUUGCUACUGAAAAUUUUAAGGUACCCGCCUCUAUUCCGCGUCUUUCGCGACGGUUCUACAGGAACAUUGAGUAUUUCCAAGCCAAUUACUUAGUGGUAUUUCUAGGGCUCUUUGCAUAUUGUUUAAUAACUUCCCCUCUUUUAUUGAUUGCGAUAGUAGCCAGUUUUUUUGGAUACAGAAAAUUGAUGUCUGGUCCUAAUACUUGGAAGGUGGGUAGCUGGGAACUAACAAAAACCCAACAAUAUGCCGUGUAUGCUGGUGGCUCUAUGACAUUGUGUUGGCUGGCUGGCGCUGGUGCUGUUUUAUUUUGGGUACUGGGUGCAACGGUUACAGUAGUUGCGCUCCACGCUAGCUUUUUUGACGCCGAAACUGUUCCUCCAUCAGACAGUCUUGAGCAAUUUCCAAUGAUUGAACAAGUGUGA